GAAAGGACAUGUGGGGCCUGCAGGGGUCGGGGGCGGGGGAGAGGUCUGUCCCCCCAACCCUGACAAUUGCACCGGAGGAGGAAAUCUUUGACCAGAGACCCCUGCCUUUUCACUCUGCUGGAAUGAUGGCCCGCCCGACCUCCCCCGCAGCUCCUGGGAGCCAACAGUGAGGACAUACACAGAGAAGCAGAAAAGUCCUUUAAAAGAGAACGUGUUCUUCAGGAGGCCUGGACGGUUCUGAAUGGGUCUACCUCUUUCAGCCAAACUGCCUCAAAACUUACUGCAGGAUCCUGAAACCCCACCCCUACCAGCCACCUACCCGCCCCCCACCAUCCCCCACGCUCACUGCUAAUCCCAGAUUGGGGUAGGGAGGGGCUGGUGGCAGGAGGCAACUGUGUGGGUUAAGGCUCAGAGGAUUUUUCUCUCCUUCUUCAUUCCUGUUCUCCCCUCCCAGGGAAAAGUGAGCCCCUCCAUCGGACUAGUCUCUACCUCACUUUUUCCUGGGGUUCACGCCUAAGCUGCUGGAGAAGGAAACAAGGAUCUAGCAGUUAGCCCGCCAAGACCCUGCAAGCAAAGCCGGGAACAAGAACCGAGAAGGAGAGAGGGGGAGCAAAAAGUUGGUUUCUUCUCCUGGCACAUGGAUGCAAUUAUUCAGAGUACAUUCCAGAGGCGUCGCUUUGCGUUCGGGGCAGGUCUGCCCGCCCUGCCUCUAAGCAAAGCAGAUCCACAGAGACCAAGUCCCCACAUCCUGGAAACGGAAUGUCUUUGCUUUCCAUCCUCUUCUUAGUUUCCGGUUAUGCCGGGAUGUCCAGGGCUCACAUGGAGAUUAAGAAGGUGGCCGACGAGAAAGUCAUCCUGCCCUGCCACCACCAGCUGGGCCUGCAGGAGGAGCCCAGCCUGGACAUCGAGUGGCUCAUAAAAGACACAGCCGGAAAGCCCAAAGUGCUGAUCUCCUACUCCAGUGGCAAAGUUUACGAUGACUUGAACGAAGAUCAGCAGGGCCGGGUGGUCUUUGCAGCCAACUACCUGGCUGGGGACGCUUCCCUGGGGAUCAUUUCCCUGAAGCCCAGCGACGAGGGCGAGUACACCUGCAAGGUGAAGAAUGCCGGCCGCUAUCAGUGGAAUCACAUCAUGCUCAAGGUCCUAGUGAAGCCAUCCAAGCCAAAGUGUGAAAUGGAAGGAGAGCUGACGGAAGGAGGAGACCUGACCUUGCAAUGCACAUCGGCCUCAGGCACCAAGCCCAUCACCUACCACUGGCAGCGCGUCGUAGAGAGGGAAGGAGGUGACCCACACCUGCCCCCCAAAUCACAGAUAGACUAUGACCACCCAGGGCGAGUUUUGCUGCAGAACCUCACUUUGUCUGCCUCCGGGGUGUACCAGUGCACUGCGAGCAACGAGGCUGGCAAGGAGAGCUGCCAGGCUGAAGUGGCUGUUCAGUAUGUUCAGAGCGUCGGCAUGAUGGCAGGGGCUGUGGCCGGGAUGGCUGCAGGAGCCUUGCUGGUUCUACUCCUGGUAUGGCUGUUGAUUCGGAAGAAAGACAAGAAGAGGCAUGAGGAGGAAGAGAGACCCAAUGAGAUCAGGGAAGAUGCAGAGGCUCCCAAAGCCCGUCUGGUGAAGCCCGGCUCAUCUUCCUCGGGGUCCCGCAGCUCCCGCUCAGGCUCCUCCUCCACCCGCUCCACAGCCAACAGCGCCUUCCACAGCCAGCGGACACCAUUAUCAGAAGCCGUACCUCCUCCUGGAGUCUCGAACCACCCAUACAGCCUGGUGGGUCUGGAGGCCACGGGUGCGGAGCUUAGUAAAGUGCAUCCCGCCACCUUGAGCAAGAGGAGCACUCCACCGGGCCCCACCCCCAGCCUGAGCCAGCCCUUCCAGACCGUCUGAGAUGGUCUGAGCCUCAACGGACUCUCCCCCAGGCUGGCCCAGGGCAGAAUCUCCUCCUACACAGAUUUUUGGGGGAAGAGGGCACAGGAGGGAAGGCCUUCUUAGCAUCUGAGGAGCAGCUGCCACCUGCCACCCCCAGGUUCCACCAGGCUAUCCAUCCAUCCCUCACAUCCAUCCCCCCCGCCCCCCCAAAUCCAUUAGAGGCCCGGGACAGGCUCACCAAGAACACUGGUUCUCCAAAGCACCAAAUGAGUGAAAACUGAAAGCAAGAGCUUGGGCAGGAAGCCCGCUCGGCACAAUUUCCUUCCUUGCUGUAAGUUAGGAAGGGUAGGUCAAAGGGAGGCCAGAACAUAACAAGCCUGGCUAGGACCGGCUCCAGCUCAUUGACUCCCAGUGGCUUCGAGAUACACAGUGGCUGCAGAGUUCGUUCUCUUUCCUAGCCCCAACCCGAAGUUGCUUCUCUGUAACCUCUGUGGGUCAGUGGGGCUGUUUGAACAGCCCCCCUGCAGGGGUCCACAGCAUGGAGACCCAGUCUUAGCUUUCGCUUCUCCUCCUGGCCAGCACCUGAUCACUACCAUCCCUACAGCUCUGCUUGCACUGAGCUCUGAAUGCUUUCUGGAUGGGGAGGGGGCCAGAUCAGGGGAGUGGAGGAAAAGCCCUCAGGGAGGAGGAGAGGUGUGAGGGAAGAAGGAGAGCAAGAGACUGUUGGCUCAUGGCACCUCCAGAAACUGAACCCUGAAAUGGGAACUGAGCCUGAUGUUCCAAAGCAGCCGUAAAGAACGGUACUGUGUGGAUCUCCGGGCACAUGAGGAGUUCUGGGUUUUUUCCACCCCUUGGAUCCAUGCUGGUUUGCCCUGCUGAGGCCAGAUUUUGGCUUCCCUCCUGCACACCCGCUCCCUCCACCCCACACAUCUGGGUGGCUUUGGAGGCCAGAAGAGGGCUUUGGGCUUUUUACUGGGAAAGGAAGCUUGGAGUGAAUGAGGAUAAGAGCCGAGGUGGCUGGGGGGAGAUCUCCAAGGCCCAACUGAGGGAUGGCCUUGUAGCAGGGCUGGAGACAGCACUGGGGUCUCCUAUUUCUGAGGAGAAGAAAAGACCGAAUGCUGGAGCUAGAAUGAAUGUGGUCCUUCAAUCUGCUCAGAGUUGGGCUUGCCCCUGUGCUUUGGUUUCCAGAGAAGCGUCGUGGUUCCGGUCUGGGGAUGGGGGUGGAUUCCCGGGCCUGAAGGAACACGACAUCUCAUCUGCUAAGACCAGGUUUCUCUGGCUCUGGAUAUAGCAAGCAAUGACAGAGUAGAGUCCAAAAAUGAAAGGUGGCUGGCAAGGUUGGAGCCAGGCUUUGAGUCCCCAGGUCAAAAUUCAGUCCCUCCCUCUCCAGAACCCCUCUUCUGUCAUGCGGGCACUCCUGGCCCACUGCUUCGGGUACUGUUUUUAGCCUGAGCAGCCAGCUUGGAGCUGAGCAGGGAGGGGCACUUGUUAGGGUGACCGCGGGGAACAGGGGGUCGGCAAGCCCAAUGGCUAAUCUGGCAGCAGAAAAGGGGAAUUUCCCCUGUCGUCAUUGGAAAGAGCUCCCUGCUAGAGCAAUAGAGGAGGGGAGAAGAACAGCUGGUUUCUAAAUGGGAGUCCAUGUAACAAGCCCGUUAGAAAGUCUGAGGGGCCCAGGACUUUAGGAUUGUACCAGUUUGGUCUUAACUCAGGAAGGAGGAACCGCAUAGGGUUACUGCUCCCUGAAGGAGUUGGUUUUCUGGUGUCACAAUUAACUUCUGGCAUCUUGCUCCACUGCACAUUGGGUCCAGGCACACCCUGACCGCUUCUAUUUGCUCUUGCCAAAACCCUUUGCAAAAAAGGGCAGCAAAUAGCAUUGAUGUUAAUGAGGAUGCUAUAUCCCUUGGGGGUCCUAACUGCACAUCUCCCCAGAACAUGCCAGUGCCUGCUGUAUUGGCAUUUCCUCUCCCCUUCACCUGAAGAGGGCAAGCCUUGCUACUAGCAAGAUAAAGUCUGUAAUUUGGCCAGCUGAAUUUUAGAGGCCCUGAAUGCAUGGAGAACUCUGGUUUCUAGCAGUCUUGCACAUAAUUCAAACUUCCUCCCACCAGCUGAGGUGACUUUAAUGCUAUUUAAGGGGGGAUGCUGUUAACAUAUCACCUGUGCUACAGAGUAGUAGGAAAAGUCCUGUUUCUUCUGGAGUCCUCUGACCCAGCUGAGGUAAUGUGUGCACCCUCACCUGUAUUAUCAAUGGCAUUUUGCUUUUACCAUCAUACUGUCUGGUCAAUGUCCCACAGUCCCAUUUCUGGCACUGGCUCCUGAGAAUAGAUGGAUUUACUCAUCAAACCCCCACCCUCGACUGGAAAGAAGUCGAUUAGAGUUGCUCAAAGAACAGAAGACCAAGAUGGCAGCCGGAUUCUCAAACUCAUUUAGCAAGCUCCUCUAAGAAACAUUUUUACCUCGGACACCUACCGUGGAUUCAUAAGGCAGAGCAAAUAAAUUAGUUACAGCAGAACCCAAAAUUAGUUAAGGUCAGGGAGGGAGAGUGGGAUGGAUACAAGAACACUGAAAGCUAUAUAAUGGCUGAAGUCUGGACAUAAGAUAUUGUAUCCUCCUGGGUCUUUGCUUGAUAUAUUAGGUACAGGACUCAAAGUGAGUGUCGUUGAAUUGAAAGAGGUCCAAUUCAGAAUCACCUCAUUCUGACCUUCAUCCACUCCAUGUUAGUUAGCUGAAUUGGAGCCUUUAAUAUGAAACCAAAAAGGGAAUUUACUAGAGGUAAGUUUUUUUAUAUAUAUAUAAAGGAUGACCAUUUUGCUUGCAAAGGAGAAAUGAGUUAUCUACGGAACAAGAAGGAUGUGAAGGAGAAAGCAAUGUACCAAACUUGAUUCUGUAAACUAAUACUUAAAGCAUCUAACUUCAUGUAGUAUUCAAAUUAUUUCACUAGUGCUGUGGCAUUCAUGCUUAUGUAGUUGUAUUUUGUUUCAAAUGCCAAAACUGAUUUUACUUUUCUUCUGUCUGCUGCAACUUAGUGUAAUACGAACCAUGUUUAAGAGGCACAAAAGCAAAAUAUUUAUUAUAGAUUCCCUUCAAUCACAACUGUAGACCUUUUUUUUUAAAUAAAGAUUUUGCAGAGGGAAAAGGUUGCUGCUCAAAUACCCGCUUUGCAGAAUUGUUUCUCAGCACAGUUGCUCAACAGAAGCGGUGAAGGAUGAAAGCUGGAUAAAACCAUUAAAGAACAAGGGCUGGCUGAAUAUCCUUCCCAUUUAUCAGAAUUUAAACCAAGGCUCCCUCAUGCAAUUGCAAAAAUCUGCACUGCUACUGGGGUAAAGUAGAAGCCUCAAACUAAUGCCGCUGUGAUUGAUUUAUUAAAAAGGAAACCAGAGUUGUGUGGUCUGAUGUUACAGCUUUCUCCUCCAGUGAAUGUUGGGAGAAAACUUGUAAAAUGCAGUGCCGUCAAUAAAAUCAAUGUCUUUGAAUUUA